AUGUUCAACGGUUAUUCGGUUUCACCUGAUGAAAAUAGCUCCUACAGUCACCCGCUCAAGAAGUUCGACGCACGUUAUCACUCCGCGCACGCUUUUGCUUUUGAAAAUCCUUCCAACGAACCUACGUGGUCACUACCCAUGUCGUUCGGUGAAGAAGCUUUCUACUCAAAGUCGAACGUCACCAAGUCAAAAAACCUUAGUGCUGAUUCGGGUCUACGCCCCAAGUCGCCGGGUGUUUGGAGGCCGCUUGAUGCGCCACUUCCUAAUUUAUCCAAUUGUUCACCUCCCGCCAAUCAGCCCCGCCCAUCAUUAGCCUCCCCAUUGACCGUCCAGCCUAAUACUAAUGAGCUUGUGAACCAGCUCUUGCUGAGAAUUGAGCAACUCGAACGUAAGACUGUUAAACAAGACCAAGAGAUCCACCAGCUCAAGGCUAACAUUAGUCUGGUCGGUGCGCAAUCCCAACGAGAGCAUCAAGCCAAUGUGAAGUUGGUCAACAAUGUUCCGACUGGCAACAACUUCCAAGCUAAUCUCCAGGCCGGCAAUGCGUUCCCAAGUCCCCUUCACAACCGAUUAGUCCCAUUAGUCAAUCCCGCCAAUUUGAAUAAUCCAAAUGUUACUCCCGCUUUAAAUGUAGAGGCCAACCCCACCAAUGGUCUUCCGAUCUCACAAAACAAUCCGCCUCCCCUUGCACCUCGCCAACCAGAUGAAACAUCUUGUCCCAUUGCUCCAGGCAUCAGUCCCGUUGUUGUUUCUGGCUUUCCCCCGAGGCAAUUUGGACCGCUAGAUUACUCUACGUUACGCAUCAACUCGAUUGGCACCGGAGCGUCGAUGGUUCCACAAUCGUUACAAAAUGCUAUCCCAACCCACGUCGCGCCACCCUCGAAUGGUCCAGGAAUAGUUAACUAUAGAGCGCUCUUAGCAGGUGAUACUGAUUGCGAUUAUGAGUAUUUCAUCCGAAGAAUCACCAAGCAUAACGACCAGCAGGCCAGCAUAUUUAUGCAACAAAAGCUCAAACAAUCAGCUUUGACUCAAUCAGCAGAAAAACCUCGUCAGGAGAUCACGAGAUUGGUAAUUGAUUACAGUCUUGAGCUAAUGACCAACCGCUUUGGUAACUUCCUAGUCUCGCGGGCUAUUGAACACGCGACAUCCGGAGAGCGACUGGAGCUUGCCGAACGAAUUUGUGGCCAAAUUGUGACGCUGGCUCAGGAUACCUUUGCGACUCACUGCCUGCAAAAAAUGAUCGACGUCGACGAAGAAGGAGAAAACCAUGUUCGACGAAUGGUCUCGCAAGAACUCCUGAAGAAAAAAGAAACUGUGACGCACAAGAGUGCUGGACAUGUCUGGGCUCGACUUCUCAAUGGUGCGGGGAAAUCUGGGGGCUUAGAACGCAGCCUCAACGAGCUUUUAAAAGGCGAAUGGGCUGCCACCGCGAAAGAUGAAGUGGGGUCGUUGAUCGUACAAAGUGUCUUGGAGAACUGGAACGAAACUGCCAAGGCAGAUGUGGUGGAAGAGCUUUUAUCAGAUAUUUAUUCUUGUGCCGUUCAACAGUGGGGGAACUUUGUUAUCCUUCAUCUGAUAGAGCAUUCUACGGGUGCCAUUCAGAAAAAAUUAUUCGAAAGAUUGACCGAGACUCAAUUGGCCUGCGAGCUGUCCAUAGACAAUUUUGGGGCGAAAGCAAUCGAAAAGGUUCUCAAAGUUUCAGGAAUGGAAAGCAGAAUAGUCGAAGAUUACGUCAAGUCGAUAUGCGAGUACGGACACGGCAGACCAGCCCUCAUCGACAUUGCAUGCCACCAAGCCGGGGCGCAAGUUUUGACGCUUCUAUUCACAUCUGCUCCGAAUUCUAUCAGGGAUUUGAUGAUUCAAACUGUGAGACGAAAUGGCGUGACUAUGAAAUCCUCAAAAGCCGGAAGUAAAAUCUGGUUUCUGGUCGAGAGGACUAGAGCUUGGGUUGGGCACUAA